CCGUGGCUGGUCCCUGGGAGGUGACGUGUUGACAUUGCCUUCCACUGCUCCUGGCUAACGGCGCCUUCCUCCAGCUGUUUUCCUCCUCUUCAGCCCCACAGCUCUCCUCCUGGUCAGACCUGGACCACACAGGAGCCUUCUUUUUUUUUUUUUUUUUUUUUUUUUAAUUUUUAAUGUUUUCAUUUAUUUUUGAGACACAGAGAGACAGAGCAUGAGCAGGGGAGGAGCAGAGAGGGAGGGUGACACGGAAUCCGAAGCUCUAGGCUCCGAACUGUCAGCACAGAGCCCGACGCGGGGCUCAAACUCACGAACCGUGAGAUCAUGACCUGAGCCGAAGUCGGACGCUCAACCGACUGAGCCUCCCAGGCACCCCCUAUAUUAUCAUUUUUUAAGACUGUGUAAAGCAUAGUUAUUCCUCACUGUUUGAUUUAUUUAGAAGAUUGCAUUCUAAAAUCCUGCUUUAGGUACGUAUAGUGAUUCCUGAAUAUCAAGUAAAGAGAAUUGUCUUUAUUGUCUCCCCUCAUGGUCCGUCACCUUUCCCUUACCCACCAUUCAAGGUUUCCUCAAGUCUCCCUCCUUGGCAAAGCCUUCUCACGUUCCAGAAGGCACUGUAUUUCCAUGGUACCCUCUCUAACACCAUUUAGUGUGCAUUUAUUUUGUUUCAGGUAUUUCUUGUAUCUAGUCAGACUGACCACGUUUGUAUGUGUUGAUAAUUUUCGUAUAAUCUGCGUGAGUUGAUCUUACGUACAGAUAAUGUAUUCGCCAUGCUGGCCUAGCAAGAGAAUCUGGAAAAAUGCUUUGGAACCUCAGAAGAGAGGAAUGUGAAUAACUACGUGCUAGAGGAAGCAGAAGAGUAAGACUUGGACCGGGCCUAGAAGAAAAGUGUGAUUUGGGUCGGAAGAGAUUAGACGGUGGGGUUGCCAAAUUGAGAGGAGAGCGAGGCACAAUCCCCGAGGCAGACCACGCCGGGCUUCUGUGAGGAGUGGGAGCGAUGCCGUGUGAUGCCACCUGGGGUUACUGAAAGGACACCUUUGGAGGUAGAGGUGAAAGGUCUCUUGGGGCCAGAAGAUGGGAGACUUUGAAAGCCAGCCAAAGAAGUUCUAGAAUGGAAGAGACAAAAAACAUGUUUCUCUGUUCUGUUCCAUAUUGUCCGGCCAGUGGUGGAAAAACAUCACAGAAAGAAUUAUGCAUUUGGUCUAAGUCUGUAUUAUGGUUGGUUUUAUAUUUUUUAAUUUGCAGUAUAUUAAAGGACCUUGACGCCUCUGACACAAAGGAUGGUCCUAGCACAUCAGAGGACUCGGCAAAACCCAAGGAGACGACACUGUGGCAGCCUGAUCGAGAAACCAGCACAGACUAUGAGGCUAGACAGACCAGUUUACAGCAGCAGCUUAUUCACGUGAUGGACCACAUCUGUAAAUUAGUUGAUACUAUUCCUGACGAUGAACUGACAGCUCUGGAUUGUGGACAGGAACUGCGUCAGCAUCGGGACAUAAGAAGGAAGCUCCUGGCCGACGCCGACUCAAAUACAAGCGAUGCCCGUGUUCUUGGUUCAUUGUGGAGGUGCGGGCCCGAUGCACUUGGUGGCCCCCCGGAGGACAUGGCGUCUCUUUCCUCUGCGGAGGCAUUUUCAAACAGUGAUUCCUGUCCUACAGGAAGUUGUGUUUUUGUUAAGGAGUUACAUUUUCCACACCUUCCCGCAAAUUCCAACGCUGCUAGGGAAUGUGUCCUGGCCACUACCCCAGGAAAGACAGGAUUCUCAGCCACCACGAAGAAUCCCUUUGAAAGACCGUUAUUCAGUCCCCAUUUACAGAAGUCCUUUGUAAGUAGCAACUGGGCUGAAACACCAAGGAUAGAAACAAGAAAUGAAAGCUCUUAUUUCCCGGGAAAUGUUCUCACAAGCACGGCUGUGAAAGAUCAGAAUAAACACACUGCUUCACUAAAUGACUUAGAAAGAGAAAUCCAGGCUUCCUGUGAUAUUGAUAAUUUUGACAUAGAUGACUUUGAUGAUGAUGAUGACUGGGAAAAUAUAAUGCAUAAUUUAGCAGCCAGCAAAUCUUCCACAGCUGCCUAUCAACCUAUUAAGGAAGGUCGGCCAGUUAAACCAGUAUCAGAAAGAAUUUCUUCAGCCAAGACAAACUGUCUUCCAUUGGCAUCUGCUGCUCAAAUUAAAAACUCAGAGUCAAUUCAGAAUUACGCUGACAAGUCGGCGCAAAAUUUAGCAUCCAGAAAUCUGAAGCGUGAGCGUUUCCAAAGUCUUAGUUUUCCUCAUACAAAAGAAAUGAUGAAGAUUUUUCAUAAAAAAUUUGGCCUGCAUAAUUUUAGAACUAAUCAGCUAGAGGCGAUCAAUGCUGCGCUGCUGGGUGAAGACUGUUUUAUCUUAAUGCCCACUGGAGGUGGUAAAAGUUUGUGUUACCAGCUCCCUGCCUGUGUUUCUCCUGGGGUCACCAUUGUCAUUUCUCCCCUGAGAUCACUUAUCGUUGAUCAGGUCCAAAAGCUGACUUCCUUGGAUAUUCCAGCUACUUAUCUGACAGGUGAUAAGACUGACUCGGAAGCUACAAGUAUUUACCUGCAAUUAUCAAAAAAAGACCCAAUCAUAAAACUCCUGUAUGUUACUCCUGAGAAGGUGUGUGCGAGUAAUAGAUUGAUUUCCACUCUGGAGAAUCUGUAUGAGAGGAAGCUCUUGGCACGUUUCGUGAUUGAUGAAGCACACUGUGUCAGUCAGUGGGGGCAUGAUUUUCGCCAAGACUAUAAAAGAAUGAAUAUGCUUCGCCGGAAGUUUCCCUCUGUUCCAGUGAUGGCCCUUACUGCCACAGCUAACCCCAGGGUACAGAAGGACAUCCUCACUCAGCUGAAGAUUCUCCAGCCUCAGGUGUUUAGCAUGAGCUUUAACAGACAUAAUCUGAAAUACUACGUGUUACCGAAAAAACCCAAAAAGGUGGCAUUUGAUUGCUUAGAGUGGAUCAGAAAGCAUCACCCACAUGACUCUGGGAUCAUCUACUGCCUCUCCAGGCGAGAAUGCGACACAAUGGCUGACACUUUACAGAAGGAUGGUCUCGCUGCUCUUGCUUAUCACGCCGGCCUCAGCGAUUCUGCCAGGGAUGAAGUACAGCACAAGUGGAUUAAUCAGGAUGGUUGCCAGGUUAUCUGUGCAACAAUAGCAUUCGGAAUGGGGAUUGACAAACCCGACGUGCGAUUUGUGAUCCACGCGUCUCUCCCUAAAUCCGUGGAGGGUUACUACCAGGAAUCGGGCAGAGCGGGGAGAGAUGGGGAAAUAUCUCACUGCCUGCUGUUCUAUACCUAUCAUGAUGUGACCAGACUGAAGAGACUCAUCUUGAUGGAGAAGGAUGGAAACCGUCAUACAAGAGAGACUCACUUCAACAAUUUGUAUAGUAUGGUGCACUACUGUGAAAAUAUAACAGAAUGCAGGAGAAUACAGCUUUUGGCUUACUUUGGUGAAAAUGGAUUUAAUCCUGAUUUUUGUAAGAAAUACCCAGAUGUUUCUUGUGAUAAUUGCUGUAAAACCAAGGAUUGUAAGACAAGAGAUGUGACUGAUGAUGUAAAAGAUAUUGUAAGAUUUGUUCAAGAACAUAGUUCAGCACAAGGAACACGAAACAAGCCCCCUGCAGGUCCUUCUGGGAGAUUUACUAUGAAUAUGCUGGUCGACAUUUUCUUGGGGAGUAAGAGUGCAAAAAUUCAGUCGGGGAUAUUUGGAAAGGGAUCUACUUAUUCACGACACAAUGCCGAAAGACUUUUUAAAAAGUUGAUACUUGACAAGAUUUUGGAUGAAGACUUGUAUAUCAAUGCUAAUGACCAACCGAUUGCCUAUAUGGUGCCAGGAAAUAAAGCCGAAACUGUACUAAAUGGGCAUUUAAAGGUAGACUUUAUGGAAACGGAAAACUCCAGCAGUGUGAAGAAGCAGAAAGCUUUGGUGGCAAAGAUGUCUCAGAGGGAAGAGAUAGUUAAGAAAUGUCUUGGAGAACUGACGGAAGUCUGCAAAUCUCUGGGAAAAGUUUUUGGCGUCCAUUACUUUAAUAUUUUUAAUACUGUCACUCUCAAGAAGCUUGCAGAAUCUUUAUCUUCCGAUCCUGAGGUUUUGCUUCAAAUUGAUGGCGUUACUGAAGACAAACUGGAAAAAUACGGCGCAGAAGUGAUUCCAAUAUUGCAGAAAUACUCGGAGUGGACAUUGCCAGCCGAUGACGGUUCCCCCCGGGUGAGUCCGGGCAGCAGCAGAGGCACCAGAAGAAAUGCCCCUGUGGAGUCCGAUGAGGAAAUGCCCGUAUCUUCUCACUACUUUGCAAAUAAGACCAGAAAUGAAAGAAAGAGGAAAAGGAUGCCAGCCUCCCAGAGGUCUAAGAGGAGGAAGACUGGUUUCGGUGGCUCCAAGACAAAAGGGGGGUCCACCACGUGCAGAAGGAUAUCUGCUAAAAGUAAACCCUCCAACAUAUUUGGACCCCGUUCGCCUUUGCCUGGUCCCCAAGCAGCACCGGGAGCCAGUAGAAAAUUGGGGAUUAUGGCUCCACCAAAGCCUAUAAAUAGACCGUUUCUUAAGCCUUCGUAUGCAUUUUCAUAACAACCAAAUCUCCAUGUACAUAGAUCUCCUUUCUCGUUUGUCAGCGUCUCACCAUCUGUGAACAUAAAGCUGUUAGUUUUGUUGUA